AUGUCAAAUCCAAUAACAGAUUAUUCAUCAUUUAUUAGUAAAAGAGGAAAAUUAAAAUCAGCCUCCCCAAUUAGAAGUUUAUUUUCAAUUUCAUCUUUACCAGGGAUGGUAUGGGUGGCAAGAAUUUUAAGAAUGAAAAAGGUAUUUAAAGAUGAAAAUACCAAACCAUUAGUAAUUGAAGGUGCAGAUUUAGAUGAAGGUCUUCAAUAUUCAGCAACUCCAGGUUUACCAAAACUUAAUCAGUGGUUAAGAAAAUUACAAAUUAGAAACCAUUCACUUCCAGAACCAAAUACACAGGGCAAAGAAUGGGAUUUAAUUAUAUCUAAUGGCUCACAAGAAUCACUAUAUAAUACAAUGGAGGUUCUUUUAGACGAUGGCAACUCUAUUAUUACAGAAACACCAACUUACUCAGGUACAUUAUCUAUUUUAAAACCAUUGGCAUUAAAUAUAGUUGGUAUUGAAACUGAUAAAUAUGGUAUGAUCCCAGAGAUAUUUGAAAAAACUCUUAGUGAAUGGGACCAUAGUGCAGCUAAAUUCCCAAGAGUGGUUUACAUAAUUCCAAGCGGUCAAAAUCCAUGUGGUUCAACUAUGAAUAACAAAAGAAAACAAGAUAUUUACAAAAUAGCAUCAAAAUACAAUUUAAUUAUUUUAGAAGAUGACCCAUAUUUCUAUCUCCAAUUCGACUAUGAAGACGAAUAUGGCGCUGACACAAAAUUAGGUCGAUCAUUCCUUUCAAUGGAUACAGAUGGUAGAGUACUCAGAUUCGAUUCACUUAGUAAAAUAUUAUCCAGUGGUCUCAGAUUAGGUUUUGUUACAGGUAAUAGAGCAUUAUUAGAAAAGAUUAAUUUCCAUCAACAAUCAAGCACACUUCACGCAUCUGGUGUAAGUCAAAUGAUAGUUCAAGCAUUAUUGACCCAAUGGGGCUUUGAACAAUGGGAUAAACACUUGGAAAUGGUUCAAUCAUUCUAUCGUGAAAAGAGAAAUCAAUUUGUAAAAUUAUUGGAAAAGCAUCUUUCAGGCCUUGUUGAAUAUAACAUUCCAUCUGCUGGUAUGUUUGUUUGGAUUCGUCUUUUAGGUAUUCAAGAUAGCAAAAGCUUAAUCUUUGAAAAAGCAGUAGAGAAAAAAGUUAUCCUCGUACCUGGUGUUGCCUUUAAACCAGAUAAUUCAAUUUCACCAUUCGUUAGAGCCUCAUUCUCGACUGCCAAUGAAGAACAAAUGGAUGAAGCUUUAAAACGUUUAUCAGCGUUAUUAAAUGAAGAGCUAAAUAAAAAACAAUAA